AAUUCGUGUCUUAAUAUUUUAACGAAUAAUCCAAUCAUAAAAUAUCCUUUCAAAAACGACGUGACUGGCAUUUUCAAAGAGAACCUGACUGGCAUGCAUAGCUGGUUUGGUUUGAUUCUCACGCAAGUUUCCCUAUUUAAGCUUCUAUUCUACCAAAAUUCUUUUCUCUCACACCAAAAUUAGAAUUUGAAAAUGGCAAAGAAGGUCGAGCUGAUUUCUUCAUCUCUCGUUAGCGCCACUGCAACUGCUGCUUCAAUGUCAAGAUUAGAGCUUAAUCCAUGGGAUUUAAAAAUGCUCUCAGCCUUCACCAUUAAAAGAGGCCUCAUAUUCCACAGACCUCACUUUCAAUCCCAGCAAAACCUAAUCCAACACCUCCAAAACUCCCUCUCCCGCGCUCUCGACUUUUUCCCUCCCCUCGCCGGCCGCCUCGCCGCCACCCCGCACGCCGGCGAAACGGCCAGCUUCUUCGUGGACUGCAACAACGCAGGAGCCGAGUUCACUCAUGCAGUCGCCGCCGCCGUCUCCAUCUCCGACAUCAUCGAGCCGAGGUAUUUACCGGAAAUCGUGUCUUCCUUGUUCCCGAUCAGCAUCGGCGUCCAUAAUUACCAAGGAACUUCAAAGCCUCUGUUGGCGGUGCAAGUGACGGAGCUCGCCGACGGCCUCUUCAUCGGCUGCGCCGCCAACCACGUCGUCGUGGACGACACUUCCUUCUGGCAUUUCUUCAACUCCUGGUCGGAGAUCUCACGCGGUUCGGAAUCUAUUUCGAAAUCCCCAAUUUUCGACCGCUGCAAUACCACAGCCGCCGCCGCCGUUGAUAACAGACUCAUCCAUAUCCCUACAUUAGAGAAAAACCUAAUCGCUCCAUCUCGAUUGCGGCAGAAGGUAUUCCAUUUCAGCAAAGAAAAAUUAUUUCAAUUGAAGGCUAAAGCCAAAUCCGAAGCCGGCACUGAGAAAAUAUCUACUCUGCAAGCACUCAUCGCUCAUCUAUGGCGGAGCACAGUGCGCUCUCAAAUCGCUAACAACUAUCCAACCACUGGCGUUUUGAAAAUCGUGAUUGGCGCGAGAGCGAGGAUGUUGUCUUUGCCGGAUGGAUAUUUUGGGAACGCGCUUUGUUCUGCUGCGUUGGCGAUCGGCGAGGGCGAGCUAUUGCAGAAAGGAUUGGGCGCCACCGCGCUCAGGAUCAAUGAGGUGAUUUCUGCGCAAUCUGAGGAGGCGAUGGCGCGCGACGCGGAGAAGAAGGUGGAAUUUCGGCAAAUGGAGGUGGGCGUGGGGAGCGCGCCCCCUCUUAUCAUUGCAGAAUCUCACCGGUACGAUGUGUAUGGCUGUGAUUUUGGGUGGGGGAAACCAAUUGCUGUGAGGAGUAAGAAGGAUCAGAUAUUUGACGGGUCGGUGGCGGUUUUUCCGGCGGCGGAAGCCGGCGGUAUCGACCUUGAUGUUUGCUUGAAGGAGGAGACGUUACGGGCAAUGGAGGAGUUCCUCCAUCAAUAAGGGCAUGCACUAUCGGGCGCGGACGCCGGCGCGCACCGGGCACGCACCCCCCCCAUUGCCGCACCUCCUUCCCCCGCGCCCAGUCCCCUUUCGAACCCGAUGCACAUCCGUUUUUGAUUGGGCACGUGUUAUACAGAGCUCGAUCAAUCAGAAAAAUAGAAGCAUAUUAAAAAAUAUAUAUUUUAUUAUCUUUUCCAUUCACUUCCUUA